UAGGCAUGUUGGUAUGUACAAUGGGGUUGGCUGGAGGCUGGCUUGGGUACUCGAGCAGGUAAGUGUGAGACGAGCUUGAGGGGGACGCAGUUAUGUGUGUAAAUGGGAAGAUGCAGAGGUGAUGGUUGCGGGAAAAGGAAGGCUUUCACGUGCUAUCAUCGCCUGCCUUGGUCCUUAGCGCACCCUCACUCCUAAAGUUCAGUUGCAAUAUUUCAAGCCACAACUGCGGUGCUCAAUUCACACGCAGCUCUUCAGCGUCCAACCAACAUCUUCAGCGUUCUUGCUGCUUAUCAUAUAAGUAGUCUGGCUUCCGCCACUUUGCACUUUCCGUCGUGCACAGCAACCCACGGUCGUUCAGACGGCGUUGCAGUAGUCGCACGGCCUUGGCUUCGUCCGAUCAUUACUGUGCAAUUGACAGCAUACCGACAUCCGACACCAUCAUGCCGCUCUUCUGGAAAAAAAAGAGGACAGCUUCUGCCAGCCAUAUUAGCGGAACAGGAACGGCUAAGCGCAAGGCGGUCGAUGAUGUGAGCGAUGGGAGUCCAUCCUUUAAGAAGCGUGUCAUGUCAACUUUGGGCUUCGAUAACGGCAUGCAGCUGGUCCGCAAGACUGUCUCUGGCAAGAAUGUACCGAUUGAGAAAACUCUCGAGGUCUUCGCGGACGAGGACGAGGAGUACAACGAUGCACAGGAAGAGCUGGAGGACGGUGCUCGUGCCAGCGAUGGAGGUUUGCCAUCCGCGAACUCAAGCUACCAGUGGGCCAAAGAGCAAGAAGCCCACGACGGCGCGCCUGACGGCAGGGAUAAUGAGCAAGAAGGGUAUGCCGUCAAUACCGGCGAGGAUGAAGACGCCGACCGGGAGCAUGAUGUGAGUGUCGAUAACGGAAACUUCAUCGUACGCUCCGGCAGCAGCGGCGUAGAGGACGCCGACGACCUCUUCUCUGUGGCCUUCGGAACCAACGGCAAGCGAGCGAGCCAAGUACGCAGCAGCGCAGUCAAUGACGAACCCGAAGAUGACGACGAGGUUAUGAUCACGCAUGUCAUACCCAAACCGAAGCCCAAUCAUCAGACCAAGCAGCUCGCCUCAGCACACAAUCCAAUCGAACACGCCCGUGGCUGCAAGCCCAACCGCUCACCCUCUACCCCAGCACCCCCAUCUCUUCCCGAUCUUCCGAAACACAUCGACCCUACCACCCUCCAGCCCAUUCCAGCAACCCCAAAUCCGGAGAAAGACCUCCGCAAACCCCUCGCCCGCCACCAGCGCCUACACGACCGCGCCUUAGCCGUACGUCCGAAGCUUUUCGACUACCCCAACUACCCAGAUCAUCGAUACCCCAUCGCUGUCCUGCAUUUAGACAAUCGCAAGAAACUCAAUGCUCUAACGGAGAAGGACUUUAGCUGGCUCAAAGGCAACCGGCAGACGUGCAUGAAGACCAUCGCGGAGGCGUAUGCGAACACGACGCUGGCUGAGGACUUCUGUCUGGUGCUGGCAGGCGAGCGACUAGGGGAGUGGGAUCGAUGUGAGGAGAUUGAUUACUUUGGUGAUAAGAUGGUUGUGUUGAGGGCGGUUAAGGAAGGAACAGAGAUGAGCAAGGGAACUGACUUGGGGCACGGUUGUCCCAUGGUCGUUAUUGAAAUCGACUGAUCCAAUACAGUGUCAUCUAGCAAUAGAGAUAGAGAAGCAUGGCGCCAGGAGACAUUAAGAAGCAUCCUUACGAGAAGCAUGCUUCGCGAACUGCACGAUCAGGCCGGGGUUGGGAGCAUCGACCACGGCCUCAUACUAUGCAUCAUAUCUACAGCAGUGGUAGCAUGAUCUAGCAGCGAUCAAGAUCCAAAUGAUCUCAAGCUAGAUACUCACCUUUCUGUCUAUUGCUAUCUCAAUAUUUGUUCUCGAACGCUGUCUCAAGCGCAGUCCUCCUCGGCACCCGGAAGUUCCCUCUCGAGCAUGGUGCAUCA